CCAGAUUACGUCUCAUCAUACGGCCUAUUUACACCAAACAGUGCGCUAAACAAAUCAGCAACUAACCGCACUCGCCGAGGGACCGCGGUCGCAACGUCGUAUCAUUUCGGGACCGGGUGACGUGUUCCUGUGGUCAAUCACGUGACCUCCCCCCCCCCCUUGCCACGGACCAAUCGCGGCGUCCUGGGCAGAGCGAAGAAAGGAAGAGGGUGGAGGGGUGGAAUCAUUUUUUUCCUUUUUACGAUUUUUAAUCCGGCAACUCCAACGGUGGUCGUUGACAUCAUCCUACGCUCCAUAAAAAGGUGACUGUCUGCAGCGUCACUCUCACGCUCACGCUGGCCCUCGGACUCCUCUCUGACGUGACCACGGCCCUUCCUCUCGCAGCCGACAUGGAGCCCAUCAAGGUCCAAUCAGAAGGUGGACUGAAUGUGACCCUCACCAUCAGGCUGCUGAUGCACGGCAAGGAGGUCGGGAGCAUCAUAGGAAAGAAAGGGGAGACGGUAAAGAAAAUGCGUGAAGACAGUGGCGCCCGUAUCAACAUCUCUGAGGGCAACUGCCCCGAACGGAUAGUCACCAUCACGGGGCCGACGGAUGCCAUCUUCAAGGCCUUCGCCAUGAUAGCCUACAAGUUUGAGGAGGAUAUCAUCAACUCUAUGAGCAACAGUCCUGCCACCAGCAAACCCCCUGUGACCCUGAGGCUUGUGGUCCCGGCCAGCCAGUGCGGCUCGCUCAUUGGCAAAGGGGGCUCCAAAAUCAAAGAGAUGAGAGAGUCCACAGGGGCUCAGGUGCAGGUGGCAGGCGACAUGCUCCCCAACUCCACCGAGAGGGCCGUGACCAUCUCUGGGGCACCUGAGGCCAUCAUCCAGUGUGUCAAACAAAUAUGUGUGGUGAUGCUGGAGUCCCCACCGAAAGGUGCCACCAUACCCUACCGCCCAAAGCCUGCCUCCACCCCUGUCAUUUUUUCAGGUGGCCAGGUAAGAGCAGACCCACUGGGGGCGUCCACAGCCAACCUCAGCCUCUUACUGCAGCACCAGCCACUGCCUGCUUACACCAUCCAAGGACAGUAUGCCAUCCCACAUCCAGACCAGUUGAGCAAGCUCCACCAGUUGGCUAUGCAGCAAACCCCCUUUACCCCCCUCGGACAGACCACCCCUGCCUUCCCCGCAGGUCUGGAUGCCAGUAACCAGGCCAGUACUCAUGAACUCACCAUUCCCAAUGAUCUAAUAGGCUGCAUAAUUGGACGCCAGGGAACCAAAAUCAACGAGAUCCGUCAGAUGUCUGGGGCACAGAUCAAAAUUGCUAACGCCAUGGAAGGGUCAUCGGAACGCCAGAUCACCAUCACAGGGACCCCCGCCAACAUCAGCCUGGCCCAGUACCUCAUCAAUGCAAGGUUCCGAGACGUGGCGGCCAUGUGGAACGACCCAUCCUCCAUGACCACAUCCUGAGGUCCCUGUCUGGCUCUUCCAUCUGACCCUUCCCAACGACUGACGACGCCCUCCAGACUCUGGCUCUGGCUCUCCGAAAACCCUGCGCACCGGCCGCCCUGGUCUUCCACACACCGGCGAGGGGCCGAGAGCUGGCUUUGAUUUCAGAGAGCCACUUAAAUUAAGAUUUUAGUUAAAAAAAAAAAAAAAUGGAAAAAAAGAGAGAGAACUCUCUGUUGAUUAGGUUUUUUUGUUUUUGUUUUAGAGAACUGUUGAAGCAUGUUGAAUGUUUAUUAGCAAAAACUUGUGUUACUUUUUGUCUUUCUUUUAAUCUGUUUCUCGCUCUCUGGGCUGCGUCAUAGAACAUUCAAGCAUAAUAGGUAAACGAGCAAAAAUCGUGCAGAUCAUAGUUGUGUGCAUCGAUUACAACUCAACGAUGCUAUCGGCAGAGUGUGGUGGGAUGUAGCCACAUUUUAGUAAGACCCAAUUUGCAUCUUUGUGGAGUUACAUCUCAUAACCCCUUUUUAGCCAAUGAUAUUACUCCUAGAGCCUCUCAUUUCGUGUUUAUCUCCGAUAUUUACAUUAUUACUUAUAUUGCAUGUGUUAAGUGUCGUAUCGUUGUGUAUUUGAACAGAAGCUGUUCAGUGGACCUUGAAAUGUUAUUAUAGCUUUGUGCUCCUGCUUUUCUCCGCUAAUGUUUUCAGCAUUUUUUUUUCUGGCCGCUCAUGUGCAGCCCCACACCCUGCCCAGACCUGUAGCCUCCUUCUAUGACUAGUAUACAUGCAUGAAUGGAAUUAGAGACAUCUCAGUGGCUAAAAUAGCGCUGACAGGAAAUUUUAGAAAUGAUUGUUUAUGAUCAUACUGUAUUUGUUUUGUACAAGGACUUUGAUGACAAGUUGUCAACUACGCGGCGCUCAUGCAAUAGAAGAUUCAACACUUUACUCCGGACUGACCUCUGAUGUGCGAGGGAUUAGUUUGGUCUUGGGUUUCGUCCAAAACCUUUUUAGCUCUUUUCUCUGAUGGAAAAGAAAGGAAGAUCUCAAGAGCAAAUGAAGCCGAAUUUUUCCCACCAAAAGAGGUUGGACCGAGCCAAAUGGUGUUUGGGGGGCCAAGGAAUGUUCAGGGGUUCAUCGGGUAGGAACCCACGGGGGCCUGGGCGGGGACCACUCGGUCUCUUUUUCACGAUUGUUUAUUUCUUUCAUUGUUCAGUCGAGGCUUUAAGUUUGAAUGUCUUUUUAUGGUCACAGCUGUGUCAGCAACUUCGUUGGUUAUUAUUUUUCGGAACAACAACCUGCUUGGUUGGUUGUUUUUGGUUCUCCGUCAGUCAGCUUCACCUAACCCAGGGGUCGGCAACCCGCGGCUCUUUGAGCACUCUGAUGCGGCUCAGCAGCUUACUUGCUGAACCCCCCCAGUUGUCCCGUGAGAUUUCCGGAUUUCAGUGCCUCUCGCAGAAAACUCCCGGGAUUAAUAUUCGCCGAUUUUCAACCCUAAAGCUAUAUUAAGGGCGUGCCGUGAUGGUACAACAUUUGGCGCCCACUACGAUCUGUAUUGACAGCGUGCCAGACCAACCCUUGUUAUACAAUAAUAACCUUUGGGGCGGCAUGGCGUAGUGGGUAGAGCAACCGUGCCAGAAACCUGAGGGUUGCAGGUUCGCUCCCCGCCUCUUGCCAUCCAAAAAUCGCUGCCGUUGUGUCCUUGGGCGGGGCACUUCACCCUUUUCCCCCGGUGCCACUCACACCGGUGAAUUGAAUUAUGAAUGAUAGGUGGUGGUCGUUGGCACAAAUUGCAGCCACGCUUCCGUCAGUCUACCCCAGGGCAGCUGUGGCUAUGAAAGUAGCUUACCACCACCAGGUGUGAAUGAAUGAUGGGUUCUACAUGUAAAGCGACUUUGGGUACUUAGAAAAGCGCUAUAUAAAUCCUAGUUAUUAUUAUUAUUAUUAUUAUUACAAUAUACAUCUUCUGCUUGCACACGUGAGAGACAGCAAGGCAUACUUGGUCAACAGCCACACAGGUUACACUGACGGUGAUCAUAUAAAACACCUU